CGGCGUCGCGUAUACACAUUCGCGUUCCAAUCACUCCUAAAUACUUACGCAAAUUAAAAAAUAAAACUGACAAUGAACACUGGCUGAAUAUAAAUAAUUUACGACAAAAUAUUUCACCUUCGAAAUUUAAAUUACGCGCGCUGCGUUUACGCGCGUCGUGUAGUUUCAAAAUGAGAACUUUUUAAAUAGUUUAGUGCUAACUGUGUAGUUAUAAUAGUUUAUUUUAGUGAUAAGUGCUCGCUUUGUUACGUGUAGUUGUGUACAGUGCUCAAUUUGUAAAUUCUUGGUAAGAGUUGAACAGAGCGAUGUGUUAUGUUCUAACCAAACUCAACUGAAAUAGCAAUAAAAACAAUCCUAUCAAAGACUGUUGUUAGAUAGAGAUGGAAGACAUCUGAAUAUAGCUGGGCUUAAAAUCUUGGCUAGCGGCGGCUAAUUGCCGUGUUAGACACAACAUUAAAGCAAGACAAGCUUAUACUUAUUUUUGUUGCGCGAGGGAGAGGAAAAGUGGCAAGCUUCCAAAAUGAAUUUGAUGUUUCGAAAGAACUUCAGCGGGGAGAAAAGUAUGAGUUCGAGUGGGGGCGGGGGAGGGAAAGCGCGGGGGGCGCUCGGCGCGGGAAGGAAUGCCAAGCGGCGAGAUCGGGAGAGGUACUCCUUCAUGGAAGAAAACCACUACACCACCAAGACCCUGAAGACCCACCUGUUUCUGUCCGCUGCGCCGCGCAGCAGUGCGCAAUACAACGACGGCUCAGAGCGAUGCGGGCCCGUGAUUGGCGUUGGUACGGGGCAGGACCCCGAGCCCCCCCAGCCCCUCGUCACGCGGGAGCCCUCGGUUUCCCUGAUGAGAUGGGACAGACCUCCCACAACCACCACGCACGACCGCCGGCGGACGGAGCCUGUCUCUCUCGCGACCUUGGAAAGAGACUGCUUCGUGAUACCUGCGCACGCGCUUGAUCGCUUCUUGCCUGAGGGUGUUCCACUUCCAGUCCCGCCUCCUACGCCCGAGAAGGGGCCCAUGUCGAAGACUAUCCCAAACUCAUUGAGUAUUCUCGAAGUAGCUGACCCUAAGCUUUGCAUCCUAGCUCAUCUCAUGAGCCCACUUGAACCAAUAGAACCAAUCCUGGAGUCACCGCUCGCCAAACCUUUGACCAGACAAAAGUUGGCUGCAGGAGAGCUGCUUAAUGACGUGGCCCAAGCCAACACAGCUGUUGGAGGAAUGUUAUUAGCCAAUAUGGAGAAGAAUGCAGAAUUUCCAUUCAUAUCGUACUAUGUGAUAAACACGACUUUGUCGGACCCUUUGAUGUUUUACAAUAACAUGAGGAGUGCGUCUUUGACCAAGUUUGACCCGAAGACGAUAAGGUAUUCAGCGGCGCAUACGCUGGAUCUGUAUAGUGAAGUGGCAAUGAUUUGCAGACCGCCGUUUAAUGAUUUAGCUGGAGGGCCGAAGAAAUCGCACACGCCUACUACUGGAUUCAUUAUUAGCGUUUACAAGGUGUUCGAAGGAGACGACGGCGAGCGUUUCGAGAGGAACUGGCUGUAUUGGACCGGAGCUAGGAUGCUAUACCGCCAUCUCCCUCACUCAGUGGGCAUGAGAAAGAUAGCGCUACACAAGUCCGUCGCACAGCACGGCGACAAGAUGUACCUGUUGGUCUGCGAGUGCGCCAACUUGUUGGACAACCUGUCCGGCGCCGCCAUGUUGGUGACAGCGCUGCGCGCGCGUCUCUGCGGCUACACCGGCCUCUACAGACCUAUACAGACUUUCUAGUAGAACGCUGGCCGGACAGGCCAACAUUGUGUAGACCUAUAGGACUUUCGGUUUGAUCUCGUGUCGGUUAAGGUUCUAAGGUUCUUCCAUUGAAGAUUAUAGGAAAGUUCAUAACAGUUUGUAAUUGUUUUAUAGAUUGGUUGGAAAUGGUGUUAUGCUGACAACAGUCAAAAACUAAAAAGUGGUCGCGACGAAAGCAAAAAAGUACCAAAGGCUCGCCUAGACAAUCGUUUAGGCAAUAUGUCUACAUUAUUUAAAAUUUGGCUUCAAUAGCGUCAAUACCUAUAACACUAUUUCUAAUCUUAAGACUGGUAUCCACUAUGCAACAUGUUUCCACGAAAAAUACUUUUGCGCAAUAUAGCUGAUUAGCAGAUGGCGUUCCACGGACCAAGUAACACGGAGAAAAAAUUCUGUUAGCCAGCGUUUAAAUGAAAUUGAAAUUAAGGUAUCUGUACACAUGGUAUAUUAACACAUUUUCACUAGGGCAUCAAUCUGGGAUUUCAAUACAAAAAGUUAAAAAACUAGAAUCUCGCGAAUCUUGGCUGUGUAUAUCUUGUAAGUUAUAAGACAUGAUACUACAUCUAAAUUCAGAAGUUUCUAGACAGUUUAAUGGACGUAAUAAUAUGGAGCCAUCUAGAUAAAUCGCCAGCCUAUUUUUUAAAUCCCGAGUCAUGAAUCAAUAAAACGCUGUUUAGGAAAAAAUGUUUCCUAAUGUAUAAGGCUAUAACUAUUAGUUUUAUAGAGAAAAUGUUAAGAUCAUUUUCGAAAUCAGUAUUGGUCAUUGAACAGCACUCGUUGUGAACAAAAUGGACCAAAGUAUUAUUAUAAAUCGUUUAAGGACAGUAUGUUUGUUCGUGUCGAAGACGUGUUCUAUUCCUAUGGGAAAUUAGGAUAAGAUUUUAAGAUAUAUUUUCAUCUUCUUCCCUCGAUUCACUAGAAUGCUUUUGCCCAACAUCUUUAAAUCCCUACCGUCCGUUCAGUUGUUAUUUACGGACAAAGUUAGCUAUAGGCGAACGAAAUAUUCUUCUCGUGGCUAUUUCAGAACCUCAAUUCCACCAACAAGUUAAAUAGGUACUUAUGGUCUUCGCGUUUUGUGUUUGGCUCUGUCUACGGGAUAAAUAUGUGAACUAUAAAGUUUACAGAAUUGAGUAAGAACCAUGACCACGAUAGAAAGAUUGUUUUACAUCUCCCAAUUUCAUUAUAACGUGUAAAAGCUUUCUUGAGUAAAUAACACUAAACGGACAUUAUUUACUUAGAUAUUGCCAAGUUAAGAUGGUCGAGAAAGGUUAAUAAUUAAUAGAAAAUCAUCGAAAAAAGUUCGCUAUUGGCAGGAUACGCUAGAAACCUGUAUGGAGAAAGACUUUCUCCUAGUUUAGAAACAUGAAAAAAAAAUGUCACUGGCUGAUUUAUUUCAAAGUUGAAAAGUAAAAAAAUCAUCUAAUUUUUCAUGUUUUCACUGCCAUUUAAAUGUUUAUGUAAAAUCGAAAUUAGUGUACUGCAAGUGAGUUCGUUAUAAUAAGGAAUUUAAAAACAAUGCCCCACUCGAUUCACAAUUUUUUUCUAGAAGUUUCUUCCAUAUUCCUUUUAUUAUUUAUAUGUAAGUCUUCCAAAAGAUAUUAGUACAAAGUUAAAUAUACUUAUUUAAAUUUUAUUCUCAAGACAAAUAGUAUUCAUUCAGUAAACUUACAGCUAAGGUAGUUCCGUACAUAUCUUCUGAUACAUAUCAUUCUGUACCAACUUCACAAUAUACUUAACUAUAUUCCUACUUAUGUUUCAAACAGUAACUUGAGGUAAUACAAAAUAAAGUAUACGUACCUAAAAACAAAAUAUUGUAGCCAUUAUUUAAACUUUUUGAAAAGUUUAAAAGAUAUAAGAUUUAUGUUUAUUAUACUCGUAACUAGCUUUUGGGCAUAUUAAUUUUAACAUUUAUAUUUGAAACCAAAAAAUAAUAUAACCUAUAUAU